AUGUUCUCACCAAUAGCUCCAGCGAUCGCUCUGCGCCGAUCGGCCGCAGAACUAAGGCGAAACAGUCUAAGAUGUCGCCGAGGCCUCCUCACUCUCGCGAUCGAGACGUCAUGCGAUGACACCUCAGUAGCGAUAGUUGAAAAAUCAAACACCGACUCCUCCCCAAAAGCCAAGAUCCAUUUCCUAGAGAACAUCACAGCCGAUUCACGCGCCCAUCGGGGCAUUCACCCGAUCCUCGCCCUGGAGUCACACCAAGAGAGCAUGGCAAAUCUGGUCAAUAAAGCUCUAAAAUCCCUCCCAGCAACAAAAGAAGGACAGCCGUCGAUAUAUUUAGCAGAUGGGUCAACUAGGCGCAGACCGGAUUUCAUCUCUGCUACGAGAGGACCUGGGAUGCGCUCGAAUUUGUCUGUUGGUCUUGAUACGGGCAAGGCUUUGUCUGUUGCGUGGCAGAUUCCUAUGGUUGGGGUGCAUCAUAUGCAGGCGCAUCUUUUGACGCCGAGACUUGUCUCGUGUCUGGAAAAUGCAGCAGCAGAAAAUGGGAAGAACGACACCAGCACCAGCACCAGCACCAGCAGCGUUGGCAGCGCUGCCUCACCCCGUUCCCAUUCCUCUCAAUCCUCGUUUCCGGCGGCCAUUCAAUCCUCCGAAGACAUCGCCAUCGGCGAAGCACUAGACAAAAGCGCACGAGAGAUAAUCCCAGCCGAAUUACUCUCCGAAGCGACGAAUACAAUGUACGCGAAAACGUUGGAAAAAUUCGUAUUUCCUAACGGCGCGGCCGAUUUCGGCGAUUACAAACCUCCCCUGAAUCGCGGGGAGGAGGUGGCUAAUAUGAAAAAGCAGAGUGGCUAUGGGUGGAGUGUUACGGUUCCUUUUGCGAAUACGCGCGCUUUGCAGUUGAGUUUUUCUUCGAUUGCUAGUAUGGUUAAUAAGAUUGUGAAAGCGCGGAGUGAGAGUCUUUCUCAUCUUGAACGAGUUGAAUUAGGUCGGGAGACGAUGAGGGUUUGUUUUGAACAUCUUGCUUCGCGGACGAUUAUUGCGCUUGAGCAAUUGAGAUUGAGUCAUGUUGGUGAUGAGGAGGUCAAGACUCUUGUUGUUAGUGGGGGUGUUGCGGCUAAUCGGUUCUUGAUGGCUGUUUUGCGAUCGUUUUUGGAUGUACGUGGGUUUGGGGGUGUGAGGAUUGUUGCGCCGCCGCCGUAUUUGUGUACGGAUAAUGCUGCUAUGAUUGGGUGGGCGGGUAUUGAGAUGUUUGAGGCUGGGUGGGAGACUGGGUUGGGUGUUAGGGCUUUGCGGAAGUGGACGCUUGACCCUGAGGCUGAGGAUGGUGGUGUUCUUGGGCCUGGUGGGUGGGUGAAGAGGGAUGUUUGA